AACACAGAUAUUCUGUAAAAUGAUUUUGGCUAAGUGUAAUAAAUUAACUACUUAUGUAUGUGGACAAAUUCUAUGUGAGACGAGCAUAUUAAUAGCAUAAAUCAAAUGCAAAGCCAGAGAAAAAAACAAAACAAUCAAAUAGCCAAACAACCUAAAAAAUAAAAAUAAAUUAACAAACCAAUCAACUACGUAACACCGACCAACCGUCCGCUUCUAUUUCGAAAAUUACUUAAAAAGUGUAAAAAAAACGUAGCAUACUUAUUAGCGCUGUCCGCUUCACUUCACCAUCGCGUUCAUAUAAACAACUAAUAAAACAAAGAUAUCAUUAAAAAAACAAACGCUAUAUAGGCAGAGAGAGAACGAGAGAACGACUUUCGCGCUGUGUAUACAAAAAGCGGUGAGAAAAGCUUUCAAAAGCUUUCCGAAAAACAGAAAAAAAUUAAAUGCAUAGAAAUAAGCACACUCGUAGGCGGAAGUGGAGUCAAGUGGGGGAAUUCGUGAACAAAUAGAGAGUGGAUAGAAGAGCGUAAAUACAAUUCAAUGAAACUUACACGCGAUUUAAAUACACGUAAGAAACAUUUAUAGUGAGUGCUACACACACACGCAGCUUCACUUCAACGUCAGCAUCACAUGUGUUUUUACAAACAUACGUAGGUACUCAAGUUGUUAUGUAUGUAUGUACGUCUCCGAGAGAUUGUCAUCAAAUGCAAAGUGACUUCAAGGAUAAACGACAGCGAUACGCAAGAUUCCACAAACGAAGUGUAAAACAAACUUGAAAUUAUAACUGGUGAAAACGAAUGUAUGUAUGCAUGUACGUCAAACACACAUACAUAUGUAUGUAUCUAGAAGCGUAAAAGUAUUAUAAUCGUAUCAAGGACGUCAGGAAUGCAAGCUCAUAGCAUAAAUAAUGCAUAAGCGCACAAUGCGCUUAAUAUAAGUAGAACAUAAACAACAACAACGUGAGCAUAGAGUGUAUCCCCAUAAAAAAAACGCAUUGUGUGCUUUUUGGCGUAGAAGCAUAUAUUUCCGCACUGUGCUCACAUACUAGCAGGCGCAAAUUUUCGAACAUAUCAAAAAGGAAAACUUCUUUAAACACCUAAAGAUAUAAAACUGAAAAAAGCAAAAGCAACACUAGCGCCAAAAAAUAUGCAAAACUAGUGCUAAGCUACGACACUACCAGGCAGAAUGUCGCUCGGCGAGCAAAAUGAGCUGCUGAGCAAAUGCAAAGCAUAUGCAAUGCGUGCCGCUAGUUACCUCUCUAACGGCGCUGCAACAUGCAGUAGCAGCAGCAACAGCAACAGUAGCUGUAGUAGCAGCAAUUGCUGCAGUAAUCGGAACGAUGCCCAUAGCUGCUGCAGCAACAUUGGCCAACAGUCAACAACUAUCGAACAAAAACUGCCACUUCGGCAAAUGGUUCGCCAGCGCAAUGAUCGCAACAACAACAACACCAGCAACAGCAACAGCAACAAUAACAAUACACCAGUCAGCAAAAAAUUUAAAUUCAACACAAAUGGUGGUAUCAGCAAUCGGCUUGAAGGUUGUCGCACAACUAGCCUUGCCUCUGUACCGCUAUAUUCCCCCCGUUGUGGACGACUGAAACCACAUCGAAAGUCACCGCUGCAGAUGCUGCUGCAGCUCCUGACCAUAAAUGUACCCGCCUCGGUGUAUGCUUUCACCGGAUUAGUGCUGUUAUGUUCAGCGCUUUUGUCGCCAUGCAACGCCUUUCAACUGGAUGGCUCACAAAAUUCGUUCGCCCAAUUUCGCAAAUGGUAUACGGGACUCAACGGUUCAUUAGAGCUGGAGUUUAAGACUGAACAGCCCAAUGGUUUGGUGCUUUACACCGAUGAUGGUGGCACUUAUGAUUUCUUUGAGCUCAAAUUGGUCGAAGGUGCAUUGCGUUUGCGUUAUAAUUUGGGUGGUGGUGCGCAUAUCAUAACUGUGGGACGAGAGUUGCAUGAUGGGCAUUGGCAUAAAGUGCAGGUUCUUCGCAAUGACGAACAAACAUCGCUUAUUGUGGAUGGCGUGUCGCAGAGCAGUACAACCAAGGGCAAGGAGUUUCAAUUUGGAAAAUUUGCCACCAAUUCUGAUGUCUACGUGGGCGGCAUGCCAAAUUGGUACAGCACAAAGUUGGCAUUAUUAGCUUUGCCAAGCGUCAUCUUUGAGCCGAGGUUCCGGGGUGCCAUACGCAAUUUGGUAUACGCCGACCAGCCAGGUGGGGCGACACGCCGUCAAGAAAUGAAACAACCACGUGAUAUAAAGUGUGGUGACGGUCCGUGUGACAAUGGUGAAAUGCCAAAGGAGAAAGUGAUCAGGGGUGUACGCGGCGGCAAUACCACAGAUGCUUGCGAACGAAGCGAUCCUUGCCAACACGGUGGUAUUUGUAUCUCAACAGAUUCAGGACCAAUAUGUGAGUGCCGAAAUCUCGAAUAUGAUGGACAAUAUUGUGAAAAAGAGAAAGCACCAUCAGAAGCAACAUUUCGCGGUCAACAGUUCCUGUCUUAUGAUCUUGGCCAAACUAGUGCUGAGCCAAUUGUGAGCGCUCAGGAUGCUAUUACGCUAUACUUUCGUACUCGCCAACCCAAUGGCUUACUAUUCUACACAGGGCACGGUACUGAUUACUUGAAUUUGGCGCUACGUGAUGGCGGCGUUUCACUAACCAUGGGUUUGGCUAACGGCAAGCAAGAAAUGCAUAUUAAGCCAUCUAAAGUACGCUUCGAUGAUCAUCAGUGGCACAAAGUGACAGUGCAUCGACGAAUUCAGGAGAUAUCAUCGAUAACAAGCUUCUGCAGAUUGGUGACCGUAGUCGACGAUGUUUACACCGAUCACUCGCACAUAGCCGGCAAAUUUACUAUGCUUUCCUCGUCUCGCGUUUACGUUGGUGGCGCAGUCAAUCCGCGCGCCUUGCUCGGUGCUCGGGUGCACAAUAAUUUUGUCGGCUGUCUGCGUAAGGUUGAAUUCUCUGCUGAUACACUGCUAUUGAAUCUCAUCGAUUUGGCUAAGAGCGGCUCGAAAUUAAUCCAAGUUGCUGGAAAUGUCGAUUAUCAAUGUCCAAUUGGCGAUCCGCAGGAUCCAGUUACAUUUACGACGCGCGAAUCGCAUUUGGUCUUACCGCCAUGGGAGACUGGCAAGCAAAGCUCCAUCUCAUAUAAAUUUCGGACAAAGGAGCCUAAUGGAUUGAUAAUAAUGGCCACGGGAUCUAAACAGCCGCGCUCAAAAAAUGCCGUACUAUUUGCCAUUGAGCUAUUGAAUGGACACAUUUACAUACACUUAGAUCUGGGUUCGGGAGCGGCGAAAGUGCGUGCGUCCCGGCGACGCGUAGACGAUGGCGAUUGGCAUGACUUGAUUUUGCGGCGAAACGGACGCGAUGCAAAGGUAAGCGUGGACGGAGUUUGGAAUGAAUUCCGCACACCGGGCGAUGGUACGAUAUUGGAAUUAGACGGCCAUAUGUAUGUGGGUGGUACGGGUCCAGCGUAUAAUAAUAUCGCAUGGCCACCGGCUAUAUGGACGGCAACAUUGCGACAAGGAUUUGUCGGUUGUUUGCGUGACUUGGUGUUAAGCGGCAAGGCGAUCGAUAUUGCAGCAUUCGCACGAUUACAGGAUUCAGCGUCGGUGAAGCCAUCAUGUCACGUACAGGCCAACGUAUGUACUGGCAAUCCCUGCCUCAAUGGAGGCACCUGCAUAGAGGGCUGGAAUAGACCAAUUUGUGACUGCACUGCUACACUGUACGCGGGACCGACAUGUGGACGCGAGUUGGCUACGCUUGCAUUCAACGGCAGUCAGCACAUGACCGUUUGGCUGGGUAACGGACAAGGCACCAAAACUCAAACUGAAGAGCUUAUUAUACGUUUCAAGACAUCGCGCCCCACCGGUCUAAUACUUUUGACAAGCGCCGAAUCAAAUUCACCAGAUCGGCUGGAGAUUGCAUUGGUGGCCGGCCGUGUGCGUGCCAGUGUGCGUUUGAGUGAUCGUGAAAAGAAUUUGCUUGCUGGUCAGUCGGUUUUGAAUGACAACAACUGGCACACAAUACGGUUCUCGCGACGUGCCUCCAAUCUACGGCUGCAAGUUGACGGGGUUCCCCCUGUCAGGGCGGAGACUAUACUCGGCCGCCACAGUACCAUUGAGAUACGUUCCAUUCACUUGGGUGGAAUGUUCCAUGCCGAGGAGGAAAUUCAAAUGACAUCGACAAUGCCCAAUUUCAUUGGCCAACUACAAGGAUUCAUUUUCAAUGGGCUAAGAUAUAUUGAUAUUGUUAAGAAUUUGGGCCCGGAGUUAUCGGCACUGCCGAGCGCCACUUUCAAGCUGACGGCGCGUUUUGUGAACUCACCACCCGGUAAUCCCUAUCAUGCUGCCACCUUUCGCUCCAAGCACUCCUAUGUAGGCUUACCGAUGCUCAAAGCGUAUUCAAGCGUCUCAGUGGAUUUCCGUUUCAAAACCGUUGAACCCAAUGGAUUGGUGCUCUUCAAUGACGGGCGUCGCAAUGAUUUCAUUGCUUUGGAGUUGGUCAAUGGACAUAUUCAUUAUACCUUCGACAUUGGCGACGGUCCAAUAACAAUGCGUGACAAAUCGCGCAUACACAUGAAUGACAAUCGUUGGCAUCAAGUGAGCAUAAGGCGGCCGGGGCCGAAAACGCAUACGCUCACCGUUGACGAUUCCUUUGAGAUAGUGACUUUGACCGGCAAUAGCAUGCAUUUGGAGCUUUCGGGAAUACUGUACAUAGGUGGCGUUUUCAAGGACAUGUACGCCAAACUGCCAGCGUCCAUCUCGUCGCGUUCCGGCUUUGAAGGUUGUUUGGCUUCAUUGGAUUUGGGCGACACAUCACCCACACUGACCAGCGAUGCAGUGGUGCCCAGCUCGUUGGUGGUGACGGGUUGUGAGGGUCCAACCAAGUGUAGUCAGAAUGCAUGCGCCAAUCGUGGCGUUUGCGUACAACAAUGGAAUGCCUAUGUCUGUGAGUGCGACAUGACUUCAUACACUGGCCCGACGUGUUACGAUGAAUCGAUUGCCUAUGAAUUUGGCAACAACAAGGGUAUAAUUCAAUAUUCAUUUCCGGAGAAUAUGCAAGCCGAUACGGAGGAGGACAAUUUGGCGUUGGGUUUCAUAACAACAAAAUCAGAUGCAGUUAUUCUGCGAGUUGAGAGCGCAACGACUCAGGAUUACAUGGAACUCGAGAUAGUUGAAGGCAACAUUUUUAUGGUUUACAAUAUUGGUACACGCGAUCUACCAUUGGGCGAAAUUGGUACAAAAGUGAAUGAUAACACUUACCAUGUGGUACGCUUUAGCCGCAAAGGUGGCAAUGCCACACUACAGCUCGACGACUACAAUGUACAAACGCUGAAUCCACAAGGACACCAAUCGACCGUUUUCAAUACUAUCUCUAGCAUCCAGGUGGGCGGAAAAUUUAGCCGUGGCGGUCGCACGCGUAUUGAACGCCCAUUUGCGGGUGUUAUUGCCGGUUUGUCGGUGAAUAAGCUACGCAUACUGGAUCUGGCGGUUGAACGUGACCCACACAUAACCAUACGAGGAGAUGUUCAAUUGGUAACUGGAGUAUUAGAUAGAAAUGAUCUGCAAAGAAUGCAGCAGACUCCGGCCAGCGGUUAUCCCGGUGCCAUAGAUGAUUUAAUAUUUUCGGGUGCCGGUUCGGGUUGUCGUGGCGAUGACGAAGAUGAGUGUACACCACCAUUCGAAUCAGGCAGUGGCGAUGAUCUGAUAACGCCCGUUUAUGUACCGCCGACAAAGCAAACAACAGCAGCACAAAAUGUUAACACCGACAAGACAAAUGGCACUGAGCGCGCCUGUGAUGAUGAGGAUUGUCUGCAUGGAUCGGGCGAUUAUGGUGAAACCACUGAGCAGUUCACUUCAACAAGCACGGCAAAAGGAUCAGAGAGCAACAAUGAAAUCGUGUCGUCCACCACAGAUGGUACGAGCCGCCGCACUGAUACAUCCUCAACCACAGAACAGCAGCGUUCAAGUAGCACCAGUUCCAGUAGUGUUGUGACUCGAACCGAAAGUCAGACGUAUGCACCGCGUGAAACUACCGUCCCAUAUAGCGCUACUACGAGCAUAGUUACCCAGCAGCGCCAGACAUCGACACCCACAUCCGUCUACACUACGUCUACGCAGCGAACAUCUACAUCGACCUUGACCACAACAACUAGCCAAGCAACACCACCGCCCGAAGUUCAUUCCACAGCUACCGAACACCCAACAACGCCCUACGAUAUAGUACAAGUAUUUAGCGGCGGAAAUGGUGGUGAACGGCAUCAUGGAGAGGACGAUGAUAAAUCAAAUAUGAUAUUCAAUGGCGAGCAUAUAUCUAUACCAGGAGAACGGCCAUCGCCACAUAUACCGCCGCCACAUGAGUCGCCGCCAUACUAUCAAAUGCCACCACAGCAACCGCCUUCGUAUGGGAAUAAUUAUCGCUCCAAGGGUAAAGGGGGACGCGUUAACUCCAUCGAGGAGGAGCGCACGGCUAUGAUAAUCGGUAUUGUAGCCGGUAUACUGAUAGCUGUUAUACUUGUCAUACUGCUGGUGCUGUGGCUCAAAUCGACCGGUGAUCGCAACUACAAGACGGAAGGAGAAAAGGCCGCCGCCUAUGGGCAUAAUCCCAAUGCGGCAUUGCUGGGCAAUAGCAGCACAAACGGUUCCUAUCAUCAGCAACGCCACCACGGGACACAUCAUCAGAAUUUAACAAAUGGGCAUAAUACAGGAGGCGGUGGAGGUGGCGGUGGCACCGGUGGUGGUGGUAGCGGUAGUGGCAGCAUGCUCGGCGCUUCUGGAGUCAGCGGAGGUGGUGGCGGCGGCGCGGUCGGCUAUGGCUGCAUCAGCUCCGGCAUGGCCAGCACUGGGGCCGAUGGCCGUCCGCAAAUGGCCGGGCUGGUGCAACCCAAACCGAAAAAACGUGAUUCCAAGGACGUGAAAGAAUGGUAUGUGUAAAUUGUUUUUGUUUGAGUGAAGACUGUAGGUUUGAGGUGGCGAGUUCUUGGAUAAGCAGUGAACGGUUGACGAGUUCUGGUGAAGUAUUUUAAUAUUUAAUUCAAGUUAGCAAUAAUUAAUUUAUGAGAUACCUACACACUUAGUCAAAGGCACACAAAAACACACACAAACAUAGGUAAAGAAACAGACAAACCAAUACA